AUGGUGGUGGUCCGCCACAAAAGCAGACGAUUCGGCGGUUAUAUGUCGCCGGUGGAACCAACUUCCUCAUCAUCAAGCUUCAUACACACACUCUCAGGAAGAAAUUCAAUAAGGUGUACAAAAGCUGGAUCGGUUUCGGUUUACCUGAAUGUCUAUGAUCUUACCUCCAUGAACGGAUGUGCUUAUUGGCUUGGCCUCGGCGCCUACCAUUCCGGCGUUCAAGUUCAUGGAGUUGAGUACGCAUUUGGAUCUCAUGAACAUGCGACAACUGGAAUCUUCGAAGGUGAACCAAAACAAUGCCAAGGAUUCACGUUCAGAAAGCAGAUUCUGAUCGGAUGGACGGAGAUGAGUCUGCGGGAGAUCCGGCGAUUCAUGAAAGAGCUCGCUCAGGAAUACAAAGGAACUUCGUACAAUCUCAUCACCAGAAACUGCAAUCAUUUCUGUAAUGAUGCUUGUCUCCGACUCACCGGAAAUCCUAUACCGAGUUGGGUUAAUCGUCUCGCCAGAAUCGGUUUAUUUUGCGAUUGUAUAAUUCCGGCGAGUGUAAGGUCAUGUAAAGUCGGAAUAGAAGACAAUCAGUCGUAUAAUGGAGACGAGAUGAAAAAGAAACUGAGGAGUCGUUCAGGUAGGUCUACUUCAUCUUCAAGAUCAAGGUCUUCUGAAAAAUCAACGUCGUUGGCUUCGAUUCCGGUUGAUUUGACCAGAAGCUUUGGAACAAGAUCUAUUCUUCCUCCAUCUUCACUUUUUCUUCUAGAUUCCCCGUCUUCUUCACCUUAAUCAUAUCAGAAUCGAAUGGCGUUUCUUACUAAUCAAUCUUGUUUUUUAUUCUCUUUUGUUCUAAAUUAUGAAUCGAUGUAUCGCAAUCCGAGAAUCGCAAAAACGAAUAAAGCUUUGUUUCAACAA